AUGGGAGAUAAAAAAGAAGAAAAAAAGGACGAAGACAAGCGUCUUGAGUUCAUUUACCAGUAUUUAGUUCGUUCGAGUAAGUUAAAAGCAGAUAAGUGGGCAAAAAUGUUAGGACACGAUGAAUCAAAGGAUAUACUAAUGAAGUUCUUCAACGUACCGGCUAAUAAAAUUUUAAUCAUGCAAGUCAGUACAACCGGUGCGUUGACCCCAUUUUUAAGCAUUCAACCAGGAAGUAAAGUAAAAUCGUCUUAUUUUAUUAAACGAAGCAAAGUUAUGGUCACCGAAGACAAUUAUCGAGAUGUUUUAAUAAUGGGUGAUAUGGCUCCUAGACCGGUCGAUGAGCUUGCUGUCCUCGUUGAAGAGGUCUUCGUCCCGAUUCUCUCGAAUCCAAAAAAUCAUACGGGAUGGCCAGCUGUAGUAGUGGAGGAUGUAAAAAAACACGUGUAUGACUUUCGGAGUCUACUAUGCCAGGUACGAGGAAAAAUGACAGGUCAAAUGUUACUGCCAAUGCCAAUGGGGAUCGAAAGGAUUUUCGAUGCUGAAACAUUGAUUAAACAGACUUCCGGUGACCAGGUUGAUAUUCAACUAAAAAGCAACAUCGAAGGCAUUAUCAUUAAAUGGUCGAGUCAAAUUAAUGACAUCCUUAAUGAAGAGAGCACCAGUACUUUCAACGAAGGCAAUCAUCCUGUGCCCAGUGUCGAGAUAUUGUUCUGGCAAGAUAGAUUAAAAAAUAUUGAAUCAAUUUAUGAGCAAAUGAGAGAUCCUCGAGUGAAGAAGAUGGCUACUAUUUUGGAGCUUACAGGAAGCCCUCAUUUCCCGUGCUUGCAGGAAAUCUUUAAAAAUGUCGUCGCUGCUGUUAUAGAGGCUCGUGACAUAUGUCUAUACUUGAAACCUUUGAAACCUUAUUUUGAGGAGAUUGAAAGUUCGGACUUCAAUGACAUUCAACCAAAGCUGAAACCAAUGUUGCACUGUAUUUGCUUAACCUGGGCUAAUUCCAAAUACUACUGCACUACUUCUCGCAUUAUAACAUUACUUUCUGAAGUUGCGAACCUCCUCAUCUCAGAGGCCAGUAAAUCCCUAGAUCCAGGAUCCUUGUUUCAAGGGGAUAUUGAAGACAACCUGAAGCGCCUGAUUAAAACGGGAGAAACUGUGGAAUAUUUUGAAGAAUUAUUUGAAACCUUUCGGGAAAAGGUUGACACAUACUUCAAGCCUCCAGCGGAGCCACUAUUGUGGACCUUUCAUCAAAAAUUAAUAUUUGGAAGGUUGAUUAAAUUCAAAAAACGACUCGAAGAGAUCCAGUCCUUGUUCGAGAUCGCUCAAGAGUACUUGAAGUUAGAGAAAACAGAACUGGCUGGAUUGAAAGGGAAAGUACUAUGCUCGAUGACUUUCGAUAUUUAUGAAGAGUUCACGAAACUUUACAAUGAAUUCUCUUCGGUACAAUAUGACAUCCUGAUGCCGGAGAACGUCGAAUUCUCGAAUGACUUGUCCAAGUUCCUGAAAAAGGUAGAAGAAUUCGACAGAAGAUUGGGCUCAAUUUUUGAAAAGGCAUUUGCUGAGUGCCACAACAUCGAAAGUAUGUUCAAGUUAAUUUGGAUAAUGGGAGCGAUCGCACUUAGACCGAUUAUUAUGCAGCAACUAUGGCACCAUUAUGAACGUCUGUUAACAAUGUUGAACGAGCAGUUGGACACUGUCAAAGGUUUAUAUGACGAAAAUUUCGGGAGCAAACGAAAAGGCGAGAUGAUCGUGGACCAAUUCUUUCCACCCGUGGCAGGUGCACUGUGGUGUUUAAUGAAAAUGAAACACCGCAUUGAAUAUCCCAUGGAAUGCAUGAAAUUCGUGGAUCAUCCUUUAUUGCUUACCCAAACGGGGCAAGACCUACACGACAAAUUCGAUGAACUGCAUGAUAUAUUGCAGACCUCCGAGGAAGAGAUAUUCGAAACGUGGGUGGAAACGGUGCCGGAGAUUUGCUCGACAAAUUUGGCCAAAACCCUUCUCUCCGUCCUCGACGACAAUUCGCUCCAAGUCAAUUUCGACGUGGAAUUGACUGCAGUACUGAGAGAAACUCGAUACAUGAUCAUUAUGCAAAAAGAGAAUCUGCCACAGGAAGCCGUGGAUCUCUACAACAGAACUCAGUUUUUCUUCGACUGCAAUUACAAUCUCACUCUUAUCGUUAACUGGUACAACAGAAUAAGGUCGCACAGUUCACCCGUGGAGUUCGAUUUAAUUCGCGACGAAAUCAACAGCAUCGAUCAACUAAUUGCACAAGGUCAAGAAAACUAUGACUGGAACUCUUCGGAGGUUCCUGAGUACGUUGAAAGUUUAUUGAACUUGGUCAAGAAAUUGCAUUCUCGCAUAUUCAAGGCUCAAGAAAACGUUGAAAAUCUUCUCAAGAUGAUCUAUUCCUGGGCAAUGUUGCCCGUUUUAGAUCGCAAAGAUCUAAAGGAUGAAAAUCUUCUAGCGAUCAACGAGCGCGACGAGCGAUUUGCAAAAAGAUACGGCGAAAUCGAAAUCGCCGUUAAUGAGAUCGAACGAGUACUAGAUGAAAAUUACAAAUUAUUCUUUGGUCUCAUUCCCGAAUCCGAGUACAUCGACGUGUCCGAGGAGGAAGGUUCAGAAGAGGCCGCAGAAGAGGAGGCAGAGGUCGGAGAAAAAGUACCGGAAGUACAAUUGUCUCCUUCUGAAAUUUUACGGCGAGAAGAGGAAGCGAAACUCGAAGCCGAACUUGAAGCUGAGAGACAGCUUAAAUGGAAACCGUAUUUAGCGUAUAUUGACGAACUCAUAUCGAAGGGAUUAAUACAAGCUGUGUCUACUAGUCUCUGUUACAUUCUUGACGAAACGGAUCCCGAGGGAAAAAUGCAUCCUCUCUUUGAGGUGGAUCUUCGUCUAGAUGUUCCAGACGUCAUUUAUCGUCCAUCGGUUUAUAUAGAUGAUCCGAGUGGAUUUUAUGCAUUUUACGAAGAGUUAAUGUUUAACAUCAUGAAAAUGGGCGCUCUGGUGCCACGAGUAAACACCGAAAUCUCGGAGGACCAUUACGGGGUGGAUCUGGCAGAAGAUGAAGGAAUCAUAUUCAUGUUAGAGGAGACGUGCAAUCGCGUUAAGCACGUGCUUGUUCAGGCCCAAGAAUAUGCGCUGAUUUAUGAGCCGUAUUCCUGGUUAUGGCUGGACAACCGGCAGCAGUACUUGGAUUUAUUUCUGCGUUUUGCAAGAAUGUUAACCGAGGAAGAGAAAGAAAUGGCAGUUCAAUCGCCCGAAAGUGUAGCCCAGUUUCUCAAGGAGAAAAAGCCAGAAUUGUCGGAUUUCAAGAGAGAAAUCGAUUACUUCGUGGACUUGUACAAGAAGUGCAAUGGCAUAGAGUCUGAGAAAAUCUUUUGCCGUUGGUUCCGAGUAAACGUCAAGCCAUUUAAGCAAGCUCUUCUCAAUACGAUUUGCAAAUGGGCUAAUUUGUUGAAAACGCAUCUGAUAGACCGGGUCAAUUCAAGCCUGGAAGGUCUUUCGGCAUUUUUAGAUGAAGCCAAGGAUAGGUUUAUGAAACCUGUACAAGAGGAUGACUACGACGGGUUGCUGCAAACGAUUUAUUAUCUGAAGGAAGUCAGGGACAGACAAUUCGAGAUUGAUGACAUGUUUGAGCCCUUGAAGGAGACUAUAGAGCUACUGAAAGAAUACGAUGUCGAGUUCCCGGAAGAAACGUUUAAUUCUUUGGUGAAGUUGCCAGAGAUUUGGGCCAUUGUAAAGAAAUUAGCGGCUCAGGUGAAGCAAGUCGUUCAGCCCCUUCUGGCUCAUCAGAUAGACCUUCUGAAGAAACGAUUGAACUUCUUCGAUUUCCGGCAACAAAAGUUCCUGGCAGACUUCCAUGCCAGCCCGGUAUUCAGAUUCGGAUGUGAAAAUGUGUAUGAAAAACUGGACCAACUGAACGCGAAGACCGAAGCUUUCGAGAAGGAAUUGGAAACGGUCGCUGAAACAGCAAAUAUAUUCGAGCAACAACUUCCGGAGUACAAGCACGUAAAACAGGUUCGAAGGGAACUGAAGGUACUGAAAUGCUUGUGGGACUACGUGAACAUUAUUCAGACCAGCUUGGACGAGUGGAAGAUAACUGUCUGGAAGAAAAUCGACGUGGAGGGAAUGGACCAAGAGUGCAAAAAGCUCACCAAAGAAUUGAGGCUGCUGGAUAAGGAAGCAAAAGUUUGGGAGCUAUAUCAGUUUAUCGAAGGAGAAGUCAAGAACAUGAUGUCGUCACUGAGAGCUGUGUCGGAACUUCAAAAUCCGGCGAUCAGAGAUAGACAUUGGCAGCAACUUAUGGCAGAGACCCAAGUGAGAUUCACAAUGGAUGAUAAGACGACCCUAGAGGACCUCUUGAAGUUGAAACUUCACAAGUUCGAGGAGGAAGUAAAGAAUACGGUAGACAAGGCCGUAAAGGAAAUGGCCAUGGAGAAAACCUUGAAGGAACUGAACAAUACUUGGGCUAAUUUAGAAUUCGAUAAAGAGCUUCAUGACCGUACGAAGUUAUUCGUACUGAAAAUUAGCGAAGAAACGAUAGAAACGUUGGAAGAAAAUCAAGUGCAAUUGCAAAACAUGUUGGGCUCGAAAUACGUAGGGUACUUCCUUGACGAAGUGACUGACUGGCAGACUAAAUUAAGUAAUGCCGACGCUGUUAUAAACGUUUGGUUCGAAGUGCAGCGAGCCUGGAUGCAUCUGGAAAGUAUCUUUAUCGGGUCCGAAGACAUUCGCAGUCAAUUACCCGAAGAUUCUAAGCGCUUCGAAAAGAUAGACAGGGACUUUAAGGAAUUAUUGAGAGAUAUGCUAGCCACUCUGAACAUAGUGAAGGCCACUAACAAGCCAAAAUUGCUGGAACGUCUCGAAGAAUUGCAGAAGCAGUUGAACCUAUGCGAAAAAGCGCUCGCCGAUUAUUUAGAGACGAAAAGGUUGGCAUAUCCGAGGUUCUACUUCGUGUCUCCCGCCGAUCUUCUAGACAUCCUCAGCAAUGGAAAUAAUCCAGAGUUGGUGUGUCGCCACUUGACGAAAUUGUACGACUCGAUAGCGCAAUUAAAGUGGAAGCAGGAGGGAGGAAAAAAUUCAAAAAUCGCGAACGCCCUGAUAGCCAAGGAUGGAGAAGUCAUGACAAUGCACGGAACCUGCGACUGCAGUGGUAAGGUGGAGGUCUGGUUAAACCGAGUGACGGACGCGAUGCGCAGAUCUGUCAGGUUCCAUUUUAGCCAAGCUGUGGGUUCUUACGACGAAAAACCGCGAGAACAAUGGAUUUUUGAUUACGAGGCCCAGCCAGCCCUCUGUGGGACUCAGAUUUGGUGGACCACAGAGGUGAACAUGGCCUUCGCCCGGGUUGAAGAGGGCUUCGAAAACGCCCUGAAGGACUACCAAAAGAAGCAGAUCCAGCAGCUGAACGUCUUAAUCACGAUUCUUUGCGGGGAGUUGAACGAAAACGAUCGGCAAAAAAUCAUGACGAUUUGCACGAUCGAUGUGCACGCGAGGGACGUUGUCGCUAAAAUGAUCACCAUGAAGGCCGAGAGUUCGUCCAGUUUCCAAUGGCAGUCUCAAUUGCGACACAGAUGGGACGACAAACUGGGCGAUUGCUUCGCUAACAUUUGUGACGCGUGCUUCUCCUACGGCUACGAGUAUUUAGGCAACGUACCGAGACUCGUUAUAACACCUUUGACAGACAGGUGUUACAUCACACUGACGCAGUCUUUGCAUUUGGUUAUGGGAGGAGCUCCAGCUGGCCCAGCUGGUACCGGGAAAACUGAGACCACCAAGGAUCUGGGUCGAGCCCUAGGUCAAAUGGUGUAUGUCUUCAAUUGCUCGGAGCAAAUGGACUACAAAUCUUGUGGAAAUAUUUACAAGGGAUUGGCGCAGACCGGUGCGUGGGGAUGUUUUGAUGAAUUCAAUAGAAUUUCUGUGGAAGUCCUUUCCGUGGUCGCGGUACAAGUGAAAUCCGUCCUCGAUGGGAUCAAAAAUAGGAAGAAAAAAUUCCUCUUCUUUGGAGAAGAGUUAAACAUUAUAGACACGGUCGGGAUGUUUAUUACCAUGAAUCCUGGUUAUGCAGGCAGGACGGAGCUCCCGGAAAAUUUGAAGACUUUAUUCAGGCCCUGCGCGAUGGUGGUCCCCGAUUUUGAAUUGAUUUGCGAAAUCAUGCUGGUUGCUGAAGGCUUCCAGGAAGCUCGAUUGCUGGCCAGGAAAUUCAUCACUCUGUACACCCUCUGUCGAGAAUUAUUGUCGAAGCAAGACCAUUACGACUGGGGAUUAAGGGCGAUCAAAUCCGUCUUGGUCGUUGCUGGGAAAUUGAAACGUGGAGAUCGAUUACGUCCCGAAGAUCAAGUGCUCAUGAGAGCACUGCGAGACUUUAAUACUCCAAAAAUAGUAACGGAUGAUGUCCCCGUAUUUAUGGGCCUAAUCGGGGAUCUGUUUCCAGCACUGGACGUUCCUCGAAAGAGGGACAUGGAUUUUGAGAUGAUGGUUAGAACAGCUGCUAUAGAUUUGAAAAUGCAACCAGAGGACGGUUUCAUUUUGAAAGUGGUUCAAUUGGAGGAAUUGUUUAACGUGCGACAUUCGGUGUUCAUCGUUGGUCUUGCAGGAACGGGGAAGACUCAAGUAUGGAAAACCUUAAACAGGACAUAUUUUAACCAAAAACGCAAGCCUUAUUACAAUGACCUGGACCCAAAAGCUGUUACUAACGAUGAAUUGUUCGGAGUUAUUAAUCCGGCCACGAGGGAAUGGAAAGACGGAUUAUUUUCUACGCUGAUGAGGGACCAAGCUAACAUGCCGGGAGAUGGACCCAAAUGGAUUGUUUUCGAUGGUGAUAUAGAUCCCAUGUGGAUCGAAUCCCUGAAUACUGUAAUGGAUGACAAUAAAGUUCUUACUUUGGCUAGUAACGAGAGGAUCGCACUGACCAAACACAUGAGACUUCUUUUCGAAAUCUCAAAUUUAAGAACUGCGACACCUGCCACUGUAUCUCGGGCUGGAAUAUUAUAUAUUAACCCUCAGGAUCUGGGCUGGAAUCCAUUCGUAGCAAGUUGGAUAGACACCCGAGACAACGCCGAAAAGGCAAACCUGGUAAUACUUUUCGACAAGUACAUUCCACCCUUGUUGGAAGUAACAAAAACGAAAUUCAAGAAGAUAACUCCCUUGCCGGAGAUCUGCCACCUAGAGAUGCUCUGCAAUUUGUUGGAUUGUUUUUUAAUCAAGGAAAACGUUCCUCCAGAAUGUCCUAAGGAGUGGUACGAAAUAUAUUUUGCAUUCGCCUGCAUAUGGGCGUUCGGAUCUGCAAUGUUUCAAGACCAACUCAUCGACUGGCGCAAUGAAUUCUCCAAGUGGUGGGUGAACGAGUUCAAGGCUGUAAAAUUCCCCUCGACUGGCAACGUCUUUAGCUACUUUAUAGAAACAGAAACGAAGAGGAUGCUACCGUGGAGCGAGAAAAUCAGUAAAUUUGAAUUAGACAUGGACAUCCCAUUACAGUCGACGCUUGUUUCCACCGGAGAGACCGCACGAUUACGCUUUUUCAUGGAUUUGUUAAUGAAAAUCAGGGUGCCCGUCAUGCUAGUCGGAAGUGCUGGGUCUGGAAAAAGCGUGAUCGUUGCAGAAAAGCUAUCAAGCCUGCCAGAUAGCUAUAACAUUGCAAAUGUACCCUUCAACUAUUACACAACAUCAGAAAUGCUGCAGAGAGUACUAGAGAAACAUCUUGAAAAAAAAGCUGGUCGCAAUUACGGCCCACCUGGAAAUAAAGUUUUGAUAUACUUUGUCGAUGAUAUGAACAUGCCAGAAGUAGACACUUAUGGAACCGUCCAGCCUCACACUCUUAUUCGCCAACAUAUGGAUUACGGUCAUUGGUACGAUCGGGCAAAAUUGACCCUGAAAGAUAUCCAUAACACCCAAUACGUAUCUUGUAUGAAUCCAACUGCUGGUAGCUUUACCAUCGAUCCUCGUCUUCAGAGACAUUUUGCAGUGUUUGCUGUCAGCUUUCCUGCUCAGGAUGCUUUAGUGACAAUCUACAGUCAAAUAUUGCAGCAACAUUUCGGCAAUCCGUCGACAAAAAUCAACCUAAUGGUCCAGAAAAUGAUAGGAUGCAUCAUAGAUGCUGCCAUAUACCUUCACCAGAAGAUCUCGUCCACCUUCCUACCGACUGCCAUCAAGUUCCACUACAUAUUCAACUUACGCGACUUGUCGAACAUAUUCCAGGGAGUUCUUUUUGCAAAUGGCGACACGAUACCGACUCCGAGUUCCGCCCUGCGAUUGUACAUCCACGAGGCAAACCGCGUGUACAGUGAUAAAUUAAUUAAUUCCGAGGAUCAGAAGCUUUUUGAAGCACUCAUAAUGGAAGCCCUCAGGAAGAACGUGCCCGAACUCGACGAGAACGCCGUAUUCGCACCUCCCUUGGUCUUUUGCCAUUUCGCCGAGGGCAUUGGAGACCCGAAGUACAUGCCCAUCAAGGAUUGGCCACAUCUCAUUAAACUCUUAGACGAUGCUUUAACGAAUUACAACGAACUGGUGGCGGCAAUGAGCCUGGUCAUGUUCGAUGACGCCAUGUAUCAUGUAUGCCGAAUUAACCGAAUUUUAGAAUCGCCGAGAGGAAACGCCUUAUUAGUGGGAGUUGGUGGAAGUGGCAAACAAUCCUUAUCCCGUUUAUCGGCAUUCAUCUCCUCACUCGAGGUCUUCCAAAUCCAACUGAGGAAAGGCUAUUCUAUGACUGAUUUGAGAGCAGACUUGGCGGUACAAUACAUUAAAGCUGGGUUGAAAAAUAUUGGAAUCAUGUUCCUGAUGACGGAUUCUCAGGUAGCACAAGAGAAAUUUUUGGUGGUCGUUAACGAUAUGUUGGCAUCCGGAGAAAUAGCCGACUUGUUCGCCGAUGACGAGCUCGACAACGUUAUAAAUGGAGUACGAGGCGAGGUAAAACAGAGUGGAAUCAUGGACACGAAAGAAAAUUGUUGGAAAUUCUUCAUAGACCGCGUAAGAAGGCAAUUAAAGUGCGUACUUUGUUUUUCCCCGGUGGGUGCGACUUUGCGGAAAAGGGCAAGACAGUUUCCCGCUAUCGUUAAUUGCACGUCGAUUAACUGGUUCCAAGACUGGCCGCAAGCAGCUUUGGAAUCCGUAUCUGCGCGAUUUUUAGAGGAAUUAGAGGAAUUGCCAGUUGAUUAUCGAACUUCAGUCUCUUUGUUCAUGUCCUAUGUGCACACUGUCGUAAACGAAACCUCCAAGGUGUACUUGCAAAAUGAGAAACGGUACAACUAUACAACUCCGAAGUCGUUUUUGGAGCAGAUUGUUCUGUAUUCGAAACUCCUAGCCGAGAAAACGUACGACUUGAAAGCCAUGAUCCUUCGACUGGAAAAUGGCUUGACAAAAUUAGCAUCUUGUGCAGGGCAGGUGGAUGAAUUGAAAGCAGUCCUCGCGGUUCAAGAGGUGGAGCUGAAAAAGAAGAACGAAGUGGCGGAUAAGAUUUUAGCAGAAGUACGCGCUGAAAAUAUGAAAGCAGAGGGAGAAAAGGAAAUCGUAACCGAGGAGGAAGCCAAAGUCGCGGAAAUAAAGGAGCGAGUAUCCGAAAGGCAGAAACGUUGUGACGAGGACUUGGCGAAAGCAGAGCCGGCUGUUCGUCAAGCCGAAGCUGCUUUGGAUACUUUGAACAAAAAUAACCUGACAGAAUUGAAGUCAUUCGGAACACCGCCUGAUGCAGUGGCAAAUGUUGCUCAAGCAGUGCUAGUUCUGUUUUCUCCGAAAGGAAAAGUGCCUAAAGACAGAAGCUGGAAGGCUUGCAAAGUGAUGAUGGGUGCUGUGGACACUUUUCUCUCGCAGUUAAGAAACUAUGAUAAGGAAAAUAUUCAUCCAGAAGUCGUUAAGGCUAUCCAACCCUACAUAAACGACAAAGAUUUCGAUCCAGAAUUUAUUUACUCAAAAUCUCAAGCGGCUGCAGGCUUGUGCAGCUGGGUGAAGAAUGUCAUGGUAUUUCACUACAUUAACGAAAAUGUUAAACCGCUCAGAGUUGCCCUUGCUCAAGCUAACGCCGAGCUUAAAGCAGCCAUGGAUAAGCUGGGUGCUUUGCAAUCUCGAUUGGAUGAGUUGCAAAAAGUAUUGGACGUUUUGGGGGAAAAAAUGGACAUCGCCUUGGCAGAGAAGCAAAAAUGUCAAGAGGAGGCUGACAAGACUGCAUUGACAAUAGACUUAGCCAACAGAUUGGUCAAUGGACUGGCAUCGGAGAAAAUUCGUUGGACCAAGACGGUAGAAGUAUUGAACACAUCCGGUAUCACAAUACCAGGAGAUGUACUCAUAGUGACGGCGUUUAUCUCUUAUGUCGGAUGUUUUACGCGGAAAUACAGAAACGAUUUAAUGAAUGUUUAUUGGUUGCCAUAUAUGAGCACCCUGGAUGUCGAGAUACCUCGAACACCGGAUCUCGACCCGUUAACAUUGUUAACGGACGAUGCCCAAAUUGCCCAGUGGAAUAACGAAGGUUUGCCAAUGGAUCGAAUGUCAACUGAAAAUGCGACGAUUCUGACGAAUUCAUCUCGCUGGCCCCUGAUGAUAGACCCACAAUUACAGGGAAUAAAAUGGAUCAAAACUAAAUACGGAGAGGAACUUAAAAUUCUAAGAUUAACGCAAAGAAGUUAUUUGGAUCGACUGGAAUACGCCGUAGUAAAUGGCGAAGUUGUUUUGCUGGAGAAUAUCAUGGAAACUGUCGAUGCAGUGUUAGACCCGAUACUAGGCCGAGUUCUCGUGAAGAAAGGACGAGCGAUCAAAGUGGGCGACAAAGAAAUCGAUUACAACCCCCUGUUCCGCCUAAUUCUGCAAACGAAACUUGCCAAUCCUCACUACAAGCCCGAAAUGCAAGCGCAGACAACGCUCAUCAAUUUUACAGUCACAAAAGAUGGUCUGGAGGAACAAUUGUUAGGCGAGGUUGUGAAAGCAGAACGUCCAGAUUUGGAGGCCACAAAAGCGAAACUGACCACCCAACAGAACACCUUCAAAAUUACUCUGAAAACCCUGGAAGAUGAUCUUUUGCACAGACUCUCCUCGGCUGGUCCUAAUGUGUUAAGUGACGUGGCACUCGUGGUUAAUUUGGAAACUACGAAGAAGACGGCGGCAGAAAUUGAGAUCAAGGUAGCAGAGGCCAAAGUGACGGCGGUGAAGAUCGACGAAGCAAGGGAAUUCUACAGACCUGCCGCAUCGAGAGCGAGUCUUCUCUACUUCAUCCUCAACGACCUGAAUAAAAUUAACAUGCUGUACCAGUUUUCCCUAAAGGCGUUUAGCGUCGUUUUCCAAAAUGCCAUCAAAUUCGCCAAGCAGUCCGAUAAUCUUUCGAAACGAGUCACGAACCUGAUAGACAGCAUUACAUACAUGGUCUUCGUAUACACGAGCAGAGGUCUGUUCGAAAGCGACAAACUAAUUUUCCUCUGUCAAAUGAUCAUUCAGAUAUUACUGCAAUUGAAGGAAAUAGCCCAAGAGGAGCUGGAUUUUCUUCUGAGGUGCCCCUACGUGCCAAAUCUCAUUAGUCCCGUAGAUUUCCUUAACAAUACCAGCUGGGGUGGGAUAAAAUUUUUGUCGACUCGGCUGGACGAAUUUAAGAAUCUAGACCGGGAUAUCGAGGGGGCUGCGAAGAGGUGGAAGAAAUUCGUCGAGUCGGAAACACCGGAGAGAGAGAAGUUCCCCCAAGAUUGGAAGAACAAAAGUGCACUGCAGAGAUUGUGCAUGAUGAGAUGCCUAAGAUUGGACAGGAUGACAUAUGCAGUUCGGUGUUUCGUUGAGGAGAAAUUGGGACCGAGGUUCACCGAGUCCAGGACUCCGCCAUUCGAGAAGUCAUACGAGGAAACAAGUGCAAUUACUCCGGUAUUCUUCAUCUUGUCACCUGGUGUUGACCCCUUAAAGGACGUGGAAAAAUUGGGAAAGCGUUUGGGCUUUACAUUCGAUGGUCUUAACUUCCACAACGUAUCUCUUGGCCAAGGUCAAGAACCGGUAGCUGAACAAGCAAUGGACAUUGCAGCGGCCAACGGUCACUGGGUAAUCUUGCAAAAUGUGCAUCUGGUUCAAAAUUGGCUACCCAGUUUGGAGAAGAAAAUGGAGCAACUUUUGGAAGAGGACCCUCAUCCGGCUUACCGUUUGUACAUCAGUGCCGAGCCCAGUGCCAACCCUCACACGUCGAUAAUUCCGCAGGGGAUUUUGGAAUCCGCAAUAAAGAUCACUAACGAGCCGCCUACGGGGAUGCACGCUAACAUACACAAAGCUCUGGACAAUUUUAGUCAAGAAACCCUGGAUGCCUGCACCAAAGAGACCGAAUUUAAAUCCAUUUUAUUUGCUCUCUGCUACUAUCACGCAGUCGUUGCUGAACGCCGGAAAUUCGGCCCGCAGGGAUGGAACAGAACGUAUCCCUUUAACUUCGGCGAUUUGACGAUAAGCGUAUCCGUCUUGUUGAACUAUCUGGAGAAUAACAAUAAGGUGCCUUGGGAGGAUCUGAGGUAUCUGUUCGGGGAAAUUAUGUACGGUGGACAUAUCACCGACGAUUGGGACAGAAGAUUAUGUCAAACGUAUUUACUGGAGUACUUGCAACCCGAGCUCCUGGAUGGCGACCUGUACCUGGCUCCAGGGUUUUUGGGACCGCCAAAUAGUGAUUACGUGGCCUAUCAUCGGUACAUCGAUGACUAUUUACCUCCAGAGAGUCCCCUUCUUUACGGGCUUCAUCCAAAUGCCGAAAUCGGAUUUUUAACGAUGACCGCGGAAACUUUGUUCCGAACCGUCCUUGAAAUGCAGCCCAGAGACGUGGGUGAAUCUACAGGAGUUGGCCUAUCCAGGGAAGACAAAGUUAAAGCCAUUAUUGAAGAUAUUCUUGACAAACUUCCCGAGGAGUUCAACAUUGCCGAGCUCAUGAGCAAAGUCGAAGAUCGGACGCCUUUCAUUAUCGUAGCCUUCCAGGAAUGUGAAAGAAUGAACAUGCUAUGCGGCGAGCUCAGAAGAUCUCUUCGAGAACUGGAUCUCGGCUUGAAAGGCGAGCUGACAAUCAAUGCAGACAUGGAGGACUUGCAAAACUUUUUAUUUAUGGACUCCGUUCCUCCAUCCUGGACUCGAUUGGCAUACCCCUCGAGUCUUGGACUGACAAACUGGUUCGUCGACAUGAUGAACAGAGUUGCAGAAUUAAACUCAUGGACCACGGAUUUUAAUCUCCCGUCUUCUGUGUGGCUUGCGGGCUUUUUUAAUCCCCAGUCGUUCUUGACCGCCAUCAUGCAGCAAAGUGCUCGAAAAAAUGAGUGGCCACUGGACAAGAUGUGCCUCCAUUGCGACGUGACAAAAAAACAAAAGGAAGAAUUCAGUGCUCCGCCGAGAGAAGGUGCUUACGUCAAUAGUUUGUACAUGGAAGGAGCCAGAUGGGACAUACAAGUCGGUGCAAUUGUGGAUUCGCGGCUGAAGGAACUGUUCCCACAGAUGCCGGUAGUCUACAUAAAAGCGAUCACGCAAGACAAACAGGAUUUAAAGAACAUGUACGCCUGUCCAGUUUACAAGACAAGAUCGAGAGGGCCAACAUACGUCUGGACGUUUAAUCUAAAAAGUAAAGACAAGCCGACAAAAUGGACCCUCGCCGGGGUAGCGAUUCUGCUCCAGAUUUAAACUAUACUUCUCGAUACUUAACUAGAUAUUACAAAACCGUCACUGGGGUGCAUAAU